CAUAUAAUAAUAAUAUCCACAAGUACAACACAAGACAGGAUCUAUCUUGGUUGCUGGAAGACAUAGGGUUUGUCUUUGGUUGCAGAGAGAGAUGAGUAUACGCAGGUUACUGGCCAGGGGACCGACCGCCGCUACUCUAAUGAGGAGGAGCCUAGGGUCGAGAAGGUGUCAACAUACGGCAGUCGGCGAUCAUGAAGACGACGAGAUGGCGAAGGGAACUUUUGAUAAACACGCUAAGGUUGAGGUAAGUUUUUAUCUGGAUGGCUUUGAAGCUUCUGAGUUAAAAACUCUACUUCCCUUGGUGCAUCGACAUUUACGUGCUGCUGGUGCGAGGCAAGCCGUGCUUAAUCAUCUUGAGGCGCUUGGAUCUGGGUGUGAAGAAGCUAUGAUUGGUUAUGACGCUAAUGUUACUUUAGAAGGUUAUGAAAAUUCGGAGGUGGAAACUCUAGAUGCUGCUUGUGCGGCACAUAUAUUUGCUCCUGUUGAAAGGCCAAAGAAUGUACACCUCUUGGUUGAUGAGGUUACCGUGAAGAGGAGUACAUAGACCGCUUGUUAUGUUAUGUGGUUACCUUUUGGUUAACUUCUAUCUGUCUCUGUCUGUCUGACUGGUCUUUUUUUAUUGUGUUGUUUAACAUAUCCUUUAAUUUUUUUUUUUGAACCAAUAACAUAUCCUUUAAAUAAUCAACUAAUUAAUCAGCUGUCUAUGAGGUCUUUUUUUUUUU